GCACCUUCUCGUCUCAUCCAUCUCGCCUUCCACCACUUCAUCACUCUCUCCACCGACACUUCUCCCCUUCAAAAAAAAACCCGAUUAAAUUCAUUCCCAGAUCCCCAUUUUCCUCCGUCGAAGAUCCCAGAUUCCGAUCUCCACUUUCCAUCCAAAGCUCUGAGGAUUUCCGGGUUUCGCGAAUCCCGCAUUCUACUCUCCGAGUCAUCAACGCUCCAGCUCAAAGAGGGCCCGAAUCGCGAUGCUGGAUCGGGUUCUCGGCCCGCUCAACGCGCGCCGCCUCCACCGCGCUUUCCGCAAGGCGAAGCUGACGGUGCUCUGCCUCUUCCUCACGCUCAUCGUGCUGCGCGCCAACAUCGGCGCCGGGAAGUUCGGCACGCCGGAGAAGGACCUCGACGACAUCCGCGAGACCUUCUCUCACAUCCGCAAGCGGGCCGAGCCUCGCCGCGUCUUGGAGGAGGUCUCCGAGCUCCAAUCGACCGGAAAUGCGGACACUGGUAGCAAAAACUACGCCGAUUUCGAUAUCAAGAAGAUCUUGAAGGAUGAGGACGACGGGUUCCCCGAAUUCAAGCGAGAUCCAUCGAUUCCUUACUCUCUAGGCCAGAAAAUAUCGGAUUGGGAUGAGCAGAGAUCGGAGUGGCUGAAGAACAAUCCGGAUUACCCCAAUUUCGUCGCUGAGAAUAAGCCUAGGGUUUUGCUGGUGACGGGUUCGUCGCCGACUCCGUGUGAGAAUCCGGUGGGGGAUCAUUACUUGCUGAAAUCGAUCAAGAAUAAGAUUGAUUACACUAGGGUUCAUGGGAUUGAGAUCUUCUAUAAUAUGGCAUUGCUUGAUGCUGAAAUGGCUGGUUUUUGGGCGAAAUUGCCGUUGAUUAGGAAGCUGCUGCUGUCUCACCCUGAGGUGGAGUUUCUAUGGUGGAUGGAUAGUGAUGCUAUGUUUACUGAUAUGGCUUAUGAGGUGCCGUGGGAGAGGUAUAAAGAUCACAACUUUGUGAUGCACGGUUGGGAUGAGAUGAUUUAUGAUGAGAAGAAUUGGAUUGGAUUGAACACCGGGAGUUUCUUGUUGAGGAACUGUCAGUGGUCGUUGGACAUUCUUGAUACGUGGGCGCCUAUGGGGCCGAAGGGGAAGGUUAGGGAGGAUGCGGGGAAGAUUCUGACGAGGGAGCUGACGGGCAGGCCGGUGUUUGAGGCGGAUGAUCAGUCUGCAAUGGUGUAUAUCUUGGCAACGGAGAAGGAGAAGUGGGGCGACAAGGUUUAUCUCGAGAAUCAUUAUUAUCUGCACGGUUAUUGGGGGAUUUUGGUGGAUAAAUAUGAGCAGAUGAUUGAGAGCUACCAUCCCGGGUUUGGUGAUCACAGGUGGCCUCUUGUGACUCACUUUGUGGGUUGCAAGCCUUGUGGGAAAUUUGGGGAUUAUCCCGUUGAGAGGUGCUUGAAGCAGAUGGACCGUGCGUUCAACUUUGGGGAUAAUCAGAUACUGCAGAUGUAUGGCUUCACGCAUAAGUCGCUUUCUAGUAGGAAGGUGGUGAGGAUUAGGAACGAGACGAGCAAGCCUCUUGAAGUGAGGGAUGAGCUCGGCUUGCUUCACCCCUCGUUUAAGGCUGUGAAGACUGUUUCUUGAUCUUGAGUGGACAUAGAAAAAAAGGGGGUUUUGAACUGGGGUUUGUAUUUUUAAGUUAUAAUACAUGUCAUUGUUACUUAUAUCACGUGAUCUUAGAGUUACCGUUGAUGUAUUCCUUUAUUUAUGGCGAUAUCUUCUGUGACAUAGUGUAAUUUUACGUUUGUGGUGAUUGUUCUUCUCCACAUUGCCUUAAAAGGUCAGGCACCAAAUCAAAUUCUUUACUAGCCAUGGAAGUUUACCUUGAGCUUUAAUUA